AUGGGCAGCCUCUCCGCCUGGCUGACAGAAAUCAGCGACCGUGCCGUGGACAUAUUAACAUUAUUUCACUCUGACUGCUCUGGUGCAUAUUGUGAACUUAUCAACGAUAUCCUUAUUAACAGUUGGAAGCUCAUGCUUUAUAACGGCGCGAUCCCAGAAGAUAAAAUUAAUGAAGCCGUCUCAGGAUGGAUCAAGGCACUGAAAGACAUAGGAGAAUAUAAGGAGCUUUCAUUCAAGGUUGAAGACCUCAUAUAUUAUACAAAGGAGACACUCAUGAAGCACACGGAGUGCGUUAACAUUCCGGCGUUGUUGGAAGUUACACUCACAACUCUGGGGGGAACGAAAUUUCAAUAUAUUGGUGAGAAUUCAAUAGGCCACAACAUUGAGAGUUAUUGCGAAAUCCGUCUUUCCCCAUGGCUUACGGCUUGUGGAUAUGUUGAUAAAGACAGAGCAUAUUGGGGCUAUAAAUGGAACAACAUCGCAGCUCAAGAUCUGAUGUCCUUCAGUGCUUCGACGUAA